UACUCCUCUCUCUCUCUUCUUCUUCUUCUCUUCUUCUCCCACUUCUUGCACACGUCCAAGAACGAGAAUUCGAUCCCGUUCUGGUGAAUUCUCGCGCGAAUUCGCCGCGAAUUCGUGUUCCGGGAGGCGGCAAGGCAAUGGCGUCUCAUCCCGCCGACGAUGGCGGCCUGCCGGCGCUGCCGUCGAUCAAGACUGCUCCAUCGUCAUCGCCUCCGCCGCCCGCGGAGGCCGCGGCCGUCGUCUUCGUCUCGCCUUCAGCGUCGCCGCCGGUGAAGGAGGAGGAGGAGGCGGAGGCGGAGGAGGAGGAAGAGCCGUCGACGCCGACGUCGGAGGAGAGCAGGCUGAGGGCGCCGACGGUGUGCCCGCCGGCGCCGCGGAAGCCGGCGCCGGCGCCUCGGCUGCUGCUGGCGGCGGGGAAGCGGAAGUCGCCGUCGGCGGUGUUCGUCGACGUCCCGCGCGACCUCUCCGCCGUGUUCCGGUCGCUGCCGCCCAAGAAGCGGAUCCGGGCGUGGUGAUGCCGCCGAUCUGGCCAGCAAUUUACCAUGGCCGGCUUCUUGGUUUGGUUGAUUUCUUGGAGAAUUCUUCGAGUUCUUCCCUUCUUCUUUCUUUUUUUUCUUCUUUUUGUUUAUUUCUUCUUAAAUUACUGGUGUCCACGGCCAUCGUAUAAAUUAUAGUUCUUUGUAUAAAUAAGGUGUUAUUUUUAUGUGUGUUUUAUCUUUUUAUUUUUUUAUUUUUUAUGCUUUUGUGUGAAGGAGAAUUUGUAGCUGUAGAGUUGAGAAGGCUGUUUACUGGAUGGAAGUGAAAAGCCAAAAAAAAAGGUUGUAAGAAAAAUUCACAGAGAUCUUGGUAAUUAUGAUAGCCACCAAAAUUAUUUACUACCA